UGCAUCCUUUAGGACUACACGUAGUAUCGCCGUCUCUCAGCACAGGACUGCAGCUCUCUCGGUCUACCUGUCUGCCAUGCAGAGAAAAGCUACCUCUACGAUUUCCCAUUGGAUAGUCCACACGAGCAAUCCAGCAGAGGGCACGCCUCUCAGAAGCGCCUUCUCCGCGGACUGUCCAUACUGGAGAUCCAGCAGAGAACUAGGCAGGUACACAGCGCUGCUACGGCAGCAUUUUUUCUCCCUUCUUUCACCCUAUGCUAACAUUGUACAGCCCGCUGAGCAAGAAAUCCCAAGCGUCAUCUCUCACCUACCGCAAUUCAGCCACCUGUUAUGCAACCCAUGCAGGAGUGUCGUGCCGUAUAAGACGCUCUACCAUCACCUUCGCCACCAUCAUAACAUCCGUCAUUUGUUUUGCAAAACCAUCAUCCCCAAGUACGAAGACCUCUCCGUAUCGCAGACCAAUGCCAACAUCGAACCGCUCCCGGCUGGAAGCUCUCCGUUAGAGUUCCUAGCGUCACCUGAGCCAGGCUACUUCUGUUUGCAUUGUGACUACACAACUGUUAGUUGGGAUGUGCUUCUGGACCAUUUUUUUUAGAGACACAGUGUCACGGUACGGGCGGGUUUGGGAGAUAGGUGCACAUAAUCAGUAUAUUCACUACAGACAGCAACCGGGUACAGGUCAGCUGAUUGACAGGACGUAGCUCAAGGAGCUUGAGAUGGAAGCAGCUCCUCGAGCAGAUAUUCUUCGGUGGACGGCCUGUGCUCCUGAAAACCGACCAGGGGCCGGCAGGUUCGCCUGGCUACUCGGGGCGCCCUGGGCUGGUGUUCCGGUUCAGUAUUGGUACUCAGGUGGAACUGGUAAUAGCCCUUGUAAUAGCCCUUG